UGCCGACUCACGCAUGAAUCUCACCGUGCCUGUUUUUCCAGAGCCCGGGUUCGGCAUCGUUCGGGAUGUCGGUGUUUAACUUGGGCAAUGCCAUCAUGGGAAGUGGAAUCCUGGGACUUUCCUACGCCAUGGCCAACACUGGCAUUGCCAUGUUUGUGAUGCUGCUGGUCGCCGUUGCCAUUUUCUCUCUCUACUCAGUCCAUUUGCUGCUUAAAACAGCCAACGAAGGAGGUUCUCUGGUGUAUGAACAGCUGGGGUACAAGGCCUUCGGGAUUCCCGGCAAACUGGCAGCGUCCUGCUCUAUCACCAUGCAGAACUUCGGAGCUAUGGCAAGCUACCUCUACAUCGUGAAGUACGAACUGCCCAUCGUCAUUAAGGCCUUCUUGGACUCUAACAACAACGCGUGGUACACUAACGGAGAUUAUCUGGUGCUGAUCGUCACUUUGGCUAUCAUACUGCCGCUCUCGCUGCUUAAAAACCUGGGCUAUCUGGGGUACACUAGUGGUUUCUCCUUGUUAUGCAUGGUGUUCUUCCUGAUUGUGGUGAUCUACAAGAAGUUCCAGAUCCCCUGUCCGUUCCUGGAGAACUCCAUUAACAUCACAGUGAACGUCUCUCAGCCGCAGGUUAACACUACCGAUGAAGAGUGCUGCAAGCCCAAGUACUUUGUCUUCAAUUCACAGACUGUGUAUGCAGUGCCCAUCCUGACCUUCGCGUUUGUGUGCCACCCGGCUAUUCUGCCCAUGUAUGAGGAGCUCAAAGACCGUUCCAGAAGAAAGAUGCAGAACGUUGCAAAUGUCUCGUUCCUGGGAAUGUUUGUCAUGUAUCUGCUGGCUGCUCUCUUCGGAUAUCUGACCUUCAACGGUAAGGACAACGCAGGCGCGAGGCCACAUCGAAGCCUUCCAAACACGUUACGACACAUUGUAUAGUCCAAUGCCAGGGUG